UCGCUGGUACAGCUCGGGGUCACGUGACUUCCUGCGGCGAGUGACUGCUGCUGCAGUUUCUUGUCGCGAGCGCUCGGUGCACGGUGUGGAAAUUCCGAACCACAGCGGCAUGAAGCUGCACGCAUACACCGCAUGCGAAUCGCUGCGCAACCCGUGAACGGUAACUCGUCUCCGUAGAGCAGCGGAUUAACCCCCGUUUGAGCGGAGGGAGGAUUAAGAUCCAGCGCGAUCCAGAGGGAGAAGUUUGCUCACUGCGUCGGGUGGAGGUGAACGGGACACCAGCAGCGAGCAUGGCGGAGAGAAGUGGCCGGUUAAGCUUCCCCGGGAGCGGGGCGCUGAACAGACCGGUUCCUAUGAACCUGUUCGCCACCUGGGAAAUAGACGGCUCGUCUCCCAACUGCAUCCCCAGGUUGUGUAGUCUGACUUUGAAGAAGCUGGUUGUGAUGAAGGAACUUGACAAGGAGCUGAUAUCUGUUGUCAUUGCGGUCAAGAUUCAGGGCUCCAAGCGGAUCCUGCGCUCUCAUGAGAUAGUGCUGCCCCCUGCUGGUGGGGUGGAGACUGAUCUCGCUCUCACAUUCUCUCUACAGUACCCUCAUUUUCUGAAGCGUGAGGGAAAUAAGUUGCAAAUCCUGCUUCAGAGGAGGAAGAGGUACAAAAACCGAACAAUUUUGGGUUACAAGACAUUGGCUGCUGGUUCUAUAGACAUGGCAGAGGUGAUGCAGCAUCCUGCAGAAGGUGGGCAGGUCUUGGCUCUGUGCAGUAAUCAGAAGGAGUUUCUGGGUAAAGUUGCUGAGAUUUGGAUCUAUUCCCUUUCCAGUCAGCCUAUAGACCAUGAGGAGGCGGCCAUUCUGGGACAGAAAAUCAAAUGUUCUGAUAAUUACUCAGAAGAAGAGUAUGAAAGCUUCUCGUCGGAGCAGGAGGCCAGUGAUGACGCAGCACAAGGACAGGAUCUUGAGGAUGACGAAUACGAGAUUAGGAAGCCCAAAAAGCAAAGAAGGUCAAUAGUCAGGACGGCGUCAAUCACCAGGCAGCAGAACUUUAAGCAGCGCGUGGUGGCAUUGCUCAAACGGUUCAGAGUUUCUGAUGAGGUGUUGGACUCGGAGCAGGACCCAGCCGAGCCGCCUCCAGAGGUAGAGGAAGAUCUGGAUCUAGAGAGUUUGGAGUUUGAGAAUCCCAGUGACAGUGGGCCGGAUCUGGAUGAUGAUGAAAGUGUUCUCAGCACCCCAAAACCCAAACUCAAGCCAUAUUUCGAAGGAAUUUCUCUAUCCAGCUCUCAGACAGAAAUUGGCAGCAUUCACAGCAUUAGGAGUCACAGAGAGCCGCCCAGUCCGAUGGAUCCUGAUAAAAUAAGGGCUGUAGGUGGGAAGUUUCAGAUGGAUAAUGAAUCUGAUAAUGUUUCUAUGGGUCAUCCUGAAGUUGUGACCCCUACCACAGAAUUGGAGAUGAUGGACAACAUGGACACUUUCAUGGAGAGGUUGCCUCCUACUGGCCGGAUGACCAAAACAGAGUCACUCAUCAUUCCAUCCAACCGGGUGGAGCCAAAGUUGGCAGGGCGACGGGGGCGGAGCACGUCACUUAAAGAGAGGCAGCCCAGCCGACCGCCCAAUGAGAGAGCCAACAGUCUAGACAACGAGCGCUCACUUGACACUCGCUGCCACCUACAGAUUCCACGCAAAACUGUUUACGACCAGCUGAACCACAUCCUGGUGUCAGACAGUCAUCUCCCCGACAGCAUCAUCCUCAUCAACACCUCGGACUGGCAGGGCCAGUAUGUGUCUGAGGUGUUACAGAAUCACGGUCUUCCUGUUGUGUGUACAUGCACCACGGCUGACAUACAGGCAGCGUUCAGCACCAUCAUCUCUCGCAUACAGAGAUUUUGUAACAGUAACUCAGUCACACCGUCUCCAGUGCGGAUCGGAGUAGCAGGAGCUCAGCAUUACCUGUCUGCCGUUUUGCGUUUGUUUGUGGAUCACUUGACACACAAAACCCCCGACUGGCUCGGAUACCUGCGAUUCCUUAUCAUCCCUCUCGGGGUUCAUCCAGUGGCUAAAUAUCUGGCCAGUAUAGACUACAGAUAUAACAGUCUGUUCCAGGACUCGGCAUGGAGAGAUCUUUUCCACAAACCAGAAGCACCAUCCUCAGUUCAGGACAGUCCGGAUAUUGUUUCCAGAGUGACACAGUACAUGUUGGGAGCAAAUGGAGCUCAUCAGUUGCCCAUAGCAGAGGCCAUGCUCACCUACAAGCAGAAAAGGAAAAAGAGCUUUCAUUUUGAUUUUGCAGUAAGUCCUGAUGAAGACUCGUGCCAGAAAUUCAUCCCUUUCAUUGGGGUGGUGAAAGUGGGGAUUGUUGAACACACUUCUGCCACAUCUGGUGAUUCAGAUGAUGCUGCUCCUGUGGGAUCUGCUCUUCUCUCCUCUACUCCUCCUUCACAGAUCUCCCCAUUACUGAAAGAAGUAUCUCCAACGCCUCCCUCUUCUCCCUCUGUACACUUGUCCAGUUCUCCUGGAGGGGGCCAGGGGGAGUUGAUGGGCCUUCAGGUUGAUUACUGGAUUGCUCCGUCAGAGAGGAAGAAAGAACUGGAGAAGAGAGACUCCUCUGGCAAAAUCACGCUUAGGUGCACCUUCCGCUCACUGCAGGUUAGCCGCCUCCCACUGGGCGGAGCAGAGAUUACACAUCAGCCGACCAUGUCCAUGACUGUUGUCACCAAAGAGAAAAAUAAAAAGGUGAUGUUUCUGCCUAAAAAGACCAAGGAUAAGGAGGCGGAGUCUAAGAGUCAGGUGAUAGAGGGCAUAAGUCGACUCAUCUGCACAGCCAAACACCAGCAGACCAUGCUGAAAGGUGAUCAGCCAAUCAGAAUUCAUCAAAUGUUGAUAGAUGGAGUAGAAUGGAACGAUGUGAAGUUUUUUCAGCUGGCAGCUCAGUGGUCAUCUCACGUCAAACACUUCCCACUUGCCAUCUUCGGACCCUCCAAAGGGCCUUACUGAACUACAGCCUCACAUCUUCACUCCUCUAUGCUACGGCUGCCUUUACACUCAGUGCUGCCUGAUGUUUUUAUUUAAAAUAUCUGCUUUCUCACGGUUUGUCUGUUUUUUGUUUUUUUUUAUUUUGACAUUUGAUUGUUCUUUUAUGAAAGACUUGAUGCAGUCUUGGAAACAGGGCAUAUUUUUUGAUUACUUAUGUUGAGCUUUUAAAACCCUCCAGUGGUUAUAGUAAAAAGACUAAUGAACUGAAUCUUUACAACUGAUUUAACUCCAUAACUAGUGAGUUUUGUGUCAUUCUGCAAAGCUGUAUCCACACAUUUGAGCAUCAUUUCAGCAGCCAUCACACUUGUGGGAGAGCAAACCAGCAAAAGGGAGAAAGGAACGAUGCUUUUGAUUUAUCAAAAGGACAAACUCUGGACUGGAUUUUGCUUUGGAUGGAUUUUCCACGUGGCUUAGUCCUGAAGACGGCUGAAGCAUUUUAUCCUCUCUCUCACUCUAUAACCUCAGCGAGGUCAGAGAGUCUUUCGAAGGUUAAUUGUGUGCGUAUGUGUAUGUGUGUGUGUUGCAGUCUUAACCUUGUUAUAUGUGGUUUACUUUUUUCUGUAGGUUUGUGUGUGUGUGAAUGUAUUCACUGAAGGUACUGAACGCUAAAGCACUUUUAAAACAUUACUAGAUUGUGUUUUUGUUAUAAUGCUUCCUGUAGUGCACAGCGCUGUUCACUCCAGAUAAAAACUGCAGCAAAGCUUUAUGGGAACUUUGAAACUGGACUGGGUGUCUGUGUCUGCAUUAGAUGGACCACUGUCACACCUGUGUGCUGCACUCUUUAAAAUCUUUUUUUAAUGUUUUCAUUUUUAAUUUCUUAGAAUGAAAUGUAUGUUCUGUUUUGUUUGUUGGCUUGUUUGAGGAUGUCAAAUAACCCCCAGAUGCUGUAUUGGAUUUAAAAUAAUGUGCCUCAAUAUUUUUAGAACAUAUUCAGGUCAUACUUCACCCCAAAAUCAAAAGAAAAGAAAUAAGAAAUUAUAUUUGGAUUUGUAGAAAAUGCAGCCUAUUUUAGGACAAAUAAUUACAUUUUUAAAUAACAAAUAAUUCAAAUUUCAAUUAAAUGUUUUUCCAUCGUAAUGAAUUUCAUUUUCAAGUACAAAUUUACACAUCAUUUUUUACUGUAAUACACAGAUAAUGAACAUUUUCAAUUUGUUAACACUACUAUUAAUGCAUUAGGUAUCAAUGAAAUAGAAUGAACAAUAUUUUACACAUUUAUUAAUCUUAGUUAAUUACCACAUUUUUUACAUUUCAAGUUGUAUAAAUUAACAUGAAUGUAUUAUGAAUUAACAAUUAAAUAUAAUAUAUUUAUAAACUAACAUUAAACUAGAUUAAUAUUUAGAUUAAAAUAUUAUUCAUGGUUAGUUCAUGAGACCAAAUGUGUUAAUUAAUUAAACCUUAUUGUAAAGUUUUGGCAAAAAUCGAAUGAGAAUCACCUUCUGAAUAAUAAGAAGCAAAACAUUUGAGUAAUGACACUCGAUUUGUCACAAUCUAGAAAAACUUAAUGACUAAAAAAAAAAAAAAAAAAAUUCUUCUGCUUUUGGAGUGAAAUAUGACUGGUUUGUUCCUCGAACACUAAAAGAAGGAGCUACAUAAAUGCCACUAUAUCUUAAUCUCACUAAAUGUAGCAUAAGAAUUACAGUGUUCCACAGCCUGUGUGCUUAUACCUGCCUGUAGGUGAGAUGAGCAUGUGUAGAUACUGAUGUCUCAGUGUUAUAAAGGUAUUAGACAUGCCUUUUUCAUAAGGCCUUUUAGGGAGGCUUUGAACUAUCUCUUAGUCUCUGUUUUUCAGGAUGGAGAGAUCAUUUAAUCCUCAUUACUCAUUUAGAGUAGAUUUAAAUCGAAUUAUAUUGUGCCUCACUUGCUCCUUAGAAAGCCAAAAUAUGUCAAAAAACAAACCCAACCCGUGAGGGAACCAUCCCGUACUUCAACUCAGACUCGCACUUGUCACGAUUAAUGCAAGCUAGUGGCAAACCUGUGCAGUGAUGUCAGUGUUGUUCUGUUUAUGGUCAGCAGAGGUUUGGUGCAGUGUAAUGGAAAUAUUUCAUGCUUGUCCAGACUGUAAAAGGUUCAUAAUUUAUCAUACACAGUAUGUAAGGAGCUGUGCUGAUGAUGUCAGCUUAUAGUUAAAACUGUGCUAAAGAACUCUGUUUGUUUGUUUAAAUGUAUACCUGCCACUAGUAUUAGUUUUUUUUUUUUUUUUAUAAAAAAUAUAUAAUUUAAAAAAAACUUUUAGCUUUUUAAUUUAAAUGUUCUGCUCCAGUUAUGGGGGAUUACUUGGAUAAAUUUGUAUUUGUAAGAAAAACUGUUGAAAAAAUACUACCACUGUAAUUCCUUAACUGGAAUUUAAUAAACUACACACACUAA